AUGAUGAGAAUUUCAACGCACUUGGAAUGUUCAAUAUUUAACCUGGGAGCUAACGUUGUCCCGACUAUCUUUGAAAAAUCAAAACAUCAAUCAGAACAAAUUGUGACAAGUACGCCGGAUGAAAUUGAUUUAAAUUCAAAUACUGAAGGGCAGUAUAAUUCAUGCGAUGGUACAAGUGAUGUAGCCAGUAAUACAGAGUCAUGUUUUGAUUGUAAAUUAUUGAAAUCUGAAAUGAACACCCUCAAAGUUGAGUAUGAAGCACAAAUCAUGGCAUUGAAAUUGGAAAAAGAAAAACUGACACACAAACUGGCUGAAAAAUCGGAUAAUUUCGUACUUCUUCGAAAGGAAUUGAAUCAAAGAAAAUAUGAAAUUAAGCAGUUGAAUGCAUCGAUUGUCGAACUCCAAACUAAUCGAUAUAUUUCACCAGAUUUAGGCGGCGUUGUGAAUACGGUCGAGUUAGAGGAUUUCAUUGAUUGCCUUUGCAAUGGACGAAAGGGCAAGGAACCUUAUUCUGAUCAUGUUCGGGCGAUUUGCAUGAACAUCAAUUUCCUUAGUCCUCGUACGUAUGCAUAUUUGAGAGAAAAAUUCAACAAACAUCUGCCACAUCAAUCAACAAUCCAAGCCUGGUAUCACAAUAGUAACAUAGACGGUUCACCCGGAAUAUGUAAAAAUUCUUUGGAUCUAUUGAAAGAAAAGGCCGCUAAAAUGAGAGAUCGCGGCAUACAAUUGGUUGGUGGUAUUAUAUUUGAUGAAAUGAGAAUAAGGCAAAAUGUGCAGUGGUGUUCGAAAUCAAGAAUGUUUUUGGGAUAUGCGACAUAUGGUGCCAAGUCGAAAGAAUAUGAACAAAAUGACGAGCCUUUAAUUGCCAAACAAGUAAUUGUUUUGAUGUUCACUGCAAUCAAUGAAUUUUUUCAACUGCCGGUUGCAUAUCAUUUUAUCGAUACUUUGGAUUACCAAGAUCGGGGAGCGCUAUUAUUAGAAGUGAUCAAAGAGAUUACAAAAUGUGACGUCAGAAUCGCAAGUGUGACCUUCGAUGGAUAUUCUUCAAACCAAACAAUGUGUGAAUUGUUAGGCGGUGUGCUAAGAGGAGAUUCGGAUCAAAUAUGCCCGACAUUUAAAAAUCCAGCGAAUGGAGAUGAAUUGCAUACAUUCCUUGAUCCCAGCCACUCUGAAAAACUAGUACGAAAUACUUUGGCAGAUCUUGAAGUUUUAUAUGAUGGAAUGGGAAAGAAAAUUGAAUGGAAAUAUUUCGCACAACUUGUCGAAUUUAGUGUAAAAAUGGAGACCAUCAGUAAAUCCGUCGCUGACUCCAUGGAAUUUUUAAUGCAAAAUAAGGUACCGGAGUUCACACAUGCGGGACCCACUAUCAAAUUCAUUAGAAUGUUUGAUAAAUUGUGGGAUAUCAUGAAUACCAGUAGAAUUCGAGAGGGAAGCCUUUUCAAAAGUGCAUUAAAUCCGACAAACCAGAAUGAAGUUUUCGUAUUCUUGGAGGAAGCAAAAGAAUAUAUUCUUUCUCUAAAAAAGAGGGGGAAAAAUAGUCAUCGAUUAACUCCAUUGUGGAAGUCAAAAUCCAAGACUGGUUUCCUCGGUUAUGUGAUGAAUAUAAUUGGUUUGAAAAACAUUUACAAUGAGUUUGUAGUCGAAAAGCAUUGGAUGCCAUUUGUGGCGACAUAUCGGGUAAGCCAAGAUCACCUCGAAAUGUUCUUUGGUGCAACUAGAUCGAUGAACGGUCACAAUGACAACCCAACAGUACAACAAUUUUCGUCAGCCUAUAAAAAAUUACUACAUCAAAGUGACAUACGUUUAUCAGGUUGUUCAAAUAUUUCUCUUGGCUGUGCAUCAAAUAUUUUAUCAGUUUCAUCUCGACGUGGGAAAUUACACGAUGAUUUAAGUGGAGAUGUUCCCGUGCAAAAUGUAUCUGAUGGUGAGACAAAUAAUGAUUAUUUAUAUGAACUGGAUGGUUUGGAACGAAUUGGCCGAUGCAAUCAUAUAACGGACAAUAUGCAUGACGCUGGCAUUAGUUUUGUUGCACAAUCGAUUGAAAAUCGAAUGCUAAAUUUGGAAAAGGGAAAUAAAUUUAGCUGUUUCCAUUGCAGAUUGGUUCUAGAGACAAAUGAAAGAUUGGACACAAGCACUUGUAUCUCUGAAAGAACCAAAUUUCCAUGUAAAAGUACAUUUCAACUAUGUAAACUAACUGACAAUGCGAUCAAGUCGAUGUCGGGUUUUAAAACAGAGUCAACAUUCAAGCAAAAAGUUUACAUAGACGUGCUAAGUAAUAUCCGAUUGUCACAACUGUAUCCAAUAUACUAUGAAGAAGAUGAACAUGAUUUGGAACACAAAAACUUUCUUAUAAAACAUAUCAUCGAUGAAUAUACACGAAUCAAAUGUAACUACUUGGCAAAAAUGCAAACAAUGGGAAUGCAAAAUGAUUUUCUACGCCACCAUUACCUAACUCGAUCUCAAGAAAGAAGUGCACGAAUUGCUGGUUUCAACCAAAAGGUGAAAGUGGUCAUUUUAAGAAACACCAAUAUGGAUCGACUCUUGAUUUCCAAAAAAUCAAAUCGCAUUCAACGAACCAAAUCAGUUGGAAAUUUGGUUGACGAUGAUGUGCAAAAUUUGAACUUUCCAAACCAACAAAUGGUUCCACUUCGGUCAAUUUUGAAACAACCGAAGAAUGCGCCAUUCAGUCUAACCCGACGCAAGUCAAUGCCUGCUUUGAAAGUGUCUUUCCGUUUGAGAAACGACUCAUCAACCACAAUCGACACAAUGUCUCCAACAAACACCCGAUCUCCAAUUCCAAGCACAUCGUCAAUGGACAAUAGAUCAACACCAUUGAUGUUACAAAUGCCGGCAAUACCGAGCACUUCUUCGAUGUCAAACGCAUCUCCACCAAUUCCAAGCACUGGGUCAAUGGGCAAUACGUCAACUCCAUUGAUGUCACAAGUACCGGCAAUACUGAGCAUUUCAUCGAUGGCAAACGUAUCUCUAAUUGAAAAUGCAUCGCCAAUAUCCACAACAUCAACACCACGACGCUCGUCAGCAAUCGAAAUUCUUUUGCGGCAUGUUGGAGACAUGAAUCGAGAAGGACGUACGUCAUACAUUCAAACGACAUUGAAUAAUUCUGCUAACUUUGGAUCGUUGCAUUACGACGAUUCGGAUUCGGACUAA